AUUGAGAAAAUCCGUAUACAAAAGACAAAAUAUUUCAUUUUCAUCUUAUUCUAGAAAAAUCCAAUUAAAGCCUAAUUAUUACAAUUUAAAACCAUUUUGUUUUCUUCUUGUUAUAAAUAUCUUUCAUAUCAGGGAAAAAAAAAACAAUUUCAUUUCCUUUGACUUCUCCAUUAUCUCUCUACCAAAUCUGGAAGAGAAAAAACAAAGCCGAAGCUUAUAAUAGAGAGAAGAACUCGAUUUUGUUAUAAGAUGGAUAAGAGCUGCAACUCCUCCGGCGACUCUUCCGCCGUAUCAGCCACCGCAACGAGUAGUACCGGUAACAAUACAGGGGGGAACAGAGAUCAUCAUUACCUGAGACGACUCAAUAAGCUUUCUCAUAAGAUAUCAAAACCAACAGCAGCCUCCUCCUCGUCCGUCUCCGCCGCCGUGAAUCAAGAAACUAAUCACCAACCGCUUCCUCCUCCUCCGCAGCAACCGCCAAUUAACCACGGGAAUCUCCACCAGCACCAGCCUCCUGUUUACAACAUCAGCAAGAGCGAUUUCAGAGACGUUGUUCAGAAACUCACAGGCUCUCCUGCGCACGAACGGAUCUCUGCUCCUCCGCAACAGCAGAUUCACCACCCUAAGGCUCAACAGAGUUCGCGUCUACACAGGAUACGACCUCCUCCGUUGGCGCACGUUAUCAACCGCCCUCCUCCGUUGCUAAACGACGCUCAUCGUAACUGGAGCGGCGGGUUUUUUCCGAGACCGACGGCGCCGCUUUCUCCUCUCCCUCCGCUUCCUCCGGUUCACGCGGCGGCGGAAUCUCCGGUCUCCUCCUACAUGCGGUACCUUCAGAACUCCAUGUUCUCUGGACCAUCGCCGUUAGCUCCUUUGGUUUCGCCUCGAUGGUAUCAACAACAGCAACAGGAAAACGCUCCGCCGCCGGAAAUCAACAGCCGCCCUCCUCCUCCUCCGUCGGCUCAGGCGCUACAAUCAUUCGGAUGUUUAAGUUCGCCGAAAUCAUCUUACGGAUUACCCUCGCCGAGCUUACUGUUAUCGCCAUCGUCAAGUCAGUUAAGGUUUCCUGGAUCUCCGACGACGGUGCCGCUCCCUAGUCCUAAAUUCAAAGGUCACUGAUCUGAUCAGAAAAAGCAAAACUCUUUGUUGGUCAGAAUUUUAAAACGUCGUCGUUUUGAUAGUUACUAUGAAAUUCCCUUUGUUCUUUUUGUACAUCAUUAGUGGUGGAUGAUGAUUUGUUUGUUUUUUUAAACCUCACAAAUUACUUUGUUUUGUUCAUGUUAGAAAAACAGAGAAGGAAAAAGAAAGGAUUACACUUUUCUUUAAAACUUGUUGAUCAUCUCUUCUUUCUUUAUUAGAUCAAAUUGCAUAGGGAACAAACACAACUAAUGCUUUGAAUUUGAUUGAUUCCUUCUUGGUAAAGUAAAUGUAUUGAUUGGAUAUCUAGCUAUACCAAUCACUUCACUAUUCCUUUGGUUGAUUUUUUCUGCACUGAUGCUUUCAUUUUCCAUUGAAACUUCAACCCUGACGAAAUCGUGAGUGUUUCGCUUUAUUUUUUCUUUCAUGUAAACCAAUGACGAGUGUUUUAUAUACUUAUUCUAAAGUUCUUUUCAUAUAAUCAAACUGGAUAAUUGAUUUCAGACCCCUUUAAUUGGUAAAGUAAUUCGCUCGACACCGUCAAAUAAACAAGUCCCAUUUUAAAAAUUUGAGAACAAGAUAAGGACACAGCCUUUCAAAUUGAUUAGAAACACACAAAGCAAGGUUCGAUAGCAGACACUGAAAUAGACAUAUCCAAUAACAACAAAAAGACAGAACAACAACAAAUAAAAAAAG